UUGUUAUUCAUGUUUGUAGUUACCAUGUUUAAUAUCAACCAAAGCAAAAAAUUAGUUAUACUGGACUGUGAUGGUGGGAGUGACGAUGCUUGGGCACUACUUCUACUCCUUCGCGCCGAGGAAUGUGGUAUAUUACAACUGUUGGCGGUAACCACCAACGGUUGCGGUAACACAACGUGCGAAAAUGCUGCACGUAACAUGAGACGCAUCCUGAUAGCUUACUCCAGAGAGGAUGUUCCAAUUUAUAUGGGUGCAGUUGAACCUCUUGCUGGUUAUGUUGAUGCUGACAGAAAGUUAUUCCAUGGACGCGAUGGAUUCGGUGAUUGCUUAAAUGAUGAAAACGCUUCGCAUGUGUCUAGCUAUGUGCAACCGCAACAUGCAGUUGUGGCCAUAUAUAAGUUUUGCAAGGAUCGACCUCAACAAAUCACUAUUAUUGCGGUGGGUCCACUAACUAAUUUGGCACUUGGCUACACCAUGUAUGGUGAACACUUUGGACAAUGUAUCAAAGAUAUUUACAUUAUGGGCGGAAACUAUCAAGGAGUCGGAAACUCAUCACGAUCUGCAGAGUUCAAUUUCCAUUCAGAUCCAGAGGCUGCACAUGCUGUGUUAUUGAAAACCCGAUGUCCAAUUACUAUACUGCCAUGGGAACCGUGCACCAAAGAACGCUUCAACAUACCUAUUGACUGGCGACUGUAUGAGCUUGGCAAAUAUGCUGCUGUUAACAAACACCAUGCAAUAGAUCUACUUAACAAAGUAGAAAACGCACAGUAUGAGAUCGAUAAUUGGAGUCCCUGUGAUGCUUUGUUAGUAGCUGCAUGUCUUUUUGACAAACAGUUUAUUAAAAAGUCUAGUACUUGGCACGCUACCGUAGACCUUACAGGUACUCAUACUCGAGGCCAAAUGGUUCUUGAUCAUUUAAGAGAGUGUAAAAAGUUUCCAGAGAAUGUUCGCAUAAUUGAAUUUGUCGAUGAUGACUUCUUUAAAUAUAUAGUAGAGUGGGUGGCUGGAUUGCGUGCUACUUUAGACAUUAAUAAAUAAUAAUAAUAGAGAACA